AUGUUAAAGUCUAGUGCUAUUCAAGUAGAUUAUCCUCCAUUUAUAACCUUAGAUGAUAAAAAUUCCCCAAUAUAUUCUCUGCGGCUCUAUUUGGUACAAGACGCUGUCAUUUCACCAAAUUAUAUAAAGAUUUUUAACCAUCCAGGAAACAAAGUGACUGUUUCUGUUGAACAAGGCUCCGGUUUCUUCGAAUUGGCUAUGAAUUCAAAUGAUAUAGUUACUGCUCAUUAUUCUGAAACUGAUAGAACUAUAGAAGUUACACCAAUUAAAUCAGGUGAAGUAACAGUGCAGGUCAUAGAUUUAUGUUUGGUAUCCAGGCCGACCUAUUUGGUAGUAAACGUAAUAUCUGUAGGAAUAAUCAGAAUUGAAAUGGUUGAUAAGGUAGAGAUACGAAAGUGCAUCAACGCAAUUGUUCGAUUAUAUGAUGAAAACGACAAUCUAAUGGAUCUUUCAGAUAAUAACAUAAUAAAUUUGAGACCUUAUCUAAAGGAUAACAUCGCGAACAUUUAUUUAUCAGACAAAAAUCCAGACCAACCCUGGGGCUUUGGUGAAACUCAUUAUACGAUCACAGGUGUUGAAGUAGGUGAUACAAAGUUAUUAUUUCUAGCAAAAGGCAACGAAGAUAUAUAUAGUGCACCUGUAAAUCUACAAGUUUUUGAGCCUCUUAGUUUAUCGCCUAAAAACGGAUCAAUUAUUAUUAACUCAAAUGUACAAAUUGUUUCUAAAGGAGGACCAUCAUCCGAUGUAAAAUUAGUUUUUGAAACAACCUCCAAAGCUUUAAAAGUUUCGGAACAGGGUGUCAUCACCGGGAAGUAUCUUGGACCAGCUGUGGUAUUUGGCAGAGCAGUAGGAGUACAUCCGUUUACAGGACAAAGCAUUAUUUAUGCAGAAGAUCAUGUAGACAUACAAGUUGUUAAAUUAACUGGUGUAAAAAUACUAGCUCCACUUACCAGAUUUAAACUUGGAGUAAUUGUACCAUUUUGGGCGUGGGGCAUUCCAAAUAUCUCACCGAUGAUAUUAGGAGCAUUCGAGGAUCCACCAAUUAUGUUUAAAUGGGAUGUAGAUGAUAAACUAAUGUUGGACUUAAGUGGUAUAUUUCAUCCUAUUGGAGUUUUCAAGAAAAAACUACACAGGAUUGCAAUCAAAGUCCAAGGAAUUCAAGUAGGAAAAACAAAAUUGUUUGUUCAUGCUAACGUACCAGGUGUCACUUGUAAUGUUAAAAACUUGGACUCUGUAACACUCUCGGCUUGGAUCGAAGUAGAAGUAAUACCAGAAUUUAUACUGACAAAACCAAAAAGUUUUCCAGCAACUCCAUUACUGAUAGCUCCGUUUUCUGAGCUACAAUUAAAUACGAAUUUACACGAAAUAAUAGACACUGAAAUUUCUUAUGUAUUACUGGAAGAUCGUUUCUUAUCGACACAAUCUGAAUUGGAUUAUUUCUUAAAUACAAAUGAAACUCUGGUUUCAAUUUCAAGAACAGGUCUUCUAAAGUCCUAUGGAAUCUUAGGUCAAACUUGGUUAGUUGUAACAGGUAUUGAUAAACUGGGUCUCAAACAACGAUUGUCUGUAGUUGUUGAAGUUAAAGCUAUUCACUAUAUGAAUCUUGUUGUAAAUGCCAAUUGGCGUAUUCAUUCCGACAGUCCACUUCGAACAGUACCGCUAGGAACUGAAUUUGUCUUAAGAGCUACAUUUCACGAUGAUAUGGGCAAUACGUUUAAUGCUGGACCGAAAGAUCUACACCUAAGAACCAGUCGCUGCGAUUUAAUUAAGAUUGAAAAGAGUAAUGAAGAUGCUGCUGUAAUUAUUCAAACCAAACAAGCAGGAUCCACUGUAAUAAAAGGUUGGGCUGAAGGCAUUCAACAAACUGCGGAUUAUUUAAAAGUCCAAGCAGAACAAUCAGUACGACCAAUCUUCGACAGUCUAACUAGUGGAGACAUCAUCUGCUUAUGGACUCCGGUAGUUAAUGAAUACAAUAUGCCUGGUACGUGGAAGAGUAAUGAUGAUUCUUUGAUGUACAUCAAUCCAGCUUUAGAUAUUGGGUUUGUCGGUAAAAAAGAAGGAGUUGUUGUUUUGACACAUUCUUUACUAAAAGGAGCCCCUAUUUACAUUCAGAUACAUGUCGUCAGCGAAAUUGAGUUUUUGGAAUCUCCCCGUACAGUCUUAACUAAUGCGGAACUUGAUACUGUAAUAAGGAUUCCGCUAGUGCUUCAAAAUGAAAAGACUGUUGGUAUUAAAAUAAAUAAUUUAAUUCAAGGUUGGAGAUGUAGGACAGAUGUUCGAAAAUUAGUAAGACCAACAGGUUUUAAAUGCUUUAUUGAGUUUUCUAAUUCAUCUCUGCCAAUCAAGAUAAAUGAAUUGUUCAACGUAACCACUAGCUGGGUUCCCGAUACGGGCCAGUAUGCAUGCAAAAUAAUUAAUCUUGGUGUUAGUGGGCCUGAUAUAUCUAUGCUCAGAACUGAUGUAAUUAUGUGGGCUACAACUGAAGAUAGUGAUAAGUCAUCUAAAAAAAUUACGAUAAAAUUCUUACCUGGAGUGUAUUUACCAAAUGAAAUCAUAUUAGACGGUAGUUUAGUAGGAAAAAUUCUUAAUAAUUGGAUUACCAGAAGUUUUAGAACAAGUAGAAGUUCACGCAGCGGAUAA